GGAGAGGGGUUGGCUGGAUUGUGAUAGCGACAGAUGUCUAGAAAACGGUGAGGGGGCACUCCUCAGUUACAACACAGUCCCAAGCUGCACCUCGGAGAGCAGGGGAGGAAUCUGCAGCUGUCACUCCUAAGGUUUACCUCCAUUAUCACAUCCACCCGGAGCCUGGAAAAGAAGACCAAGUGAUCACUCUCUAGAAAUACAGGAGACACCAUGGGAGGCAAACUAAGCAAGAAGAGGAAGGGAUAUGAUGUGAGCGAUCCCAAUAAGGCAAAGGAUGAGAUUGCAGCAACAGUUACUGCAGCAGUCGAGGCUGUAGCCCCAGCAGUAGCUGAUGUGAUAGCUGAGGCAACCAUUGUGGUGAAUGAAGCUGUGGUGUCAGCUGUGGCCGCAGUGACUGAAGCUUUAGAAGCUCCAGAAGAGCCCAAAUCAGCUCCUCCAGAGGACCCAGCUCCUGCUGCUCCAGUGGCAGAAGAACCUGCAGCUACAGUAAAGGAACCUGUUCUAGUAGUAGAGGAACCAGCUGUGGCAGUCGAAGAACCAGUUGCAGUAGUAGAAGAACCAGCUGCAGUAGUACAAGUACCUACUGUAGUAGUAGAGGAACCAGCGGUAGUAGUAGAGGAACCAGCUGUAGUAGAACCGGCUGCAGUUGUUGAAGAACCAGCAGCAGUAGAACCGGCUGCAGUUAUUGAAGAACCAGCUGCAGUUAUUGAAGAACCAGCUGCAGUUGUUGAAGAACCAGCUGCAGUAGUAGAAGAACCAGCUGCACUAGUAGUAGAACCAGCUGCUGCAGUAGUAGAAGAACCAGCUGCUGCAGUAGUAGAAGAACCAGCUGCAGUUGUUGAAGAACCAGCUGCAAUAGUAGAAGAACCAGCUGCAGUAGUAGUAGAACCAGCUGCAGUAGUAGAAGAACCAGCUGCAGUUGUUGAAGAACCAGCUGCAGUAGUAGAGGAACCAGCUGCAGUUGUUGAAGAACCAGCUGCAGUAGUAGAGGAACCAGCUGCGGUGGUAGAAGAACCAGCUGCAGUAGUAGAGGAACCAGCUGCAGUAGUAGAAGAACCAGCUGCAGUAGUAGAGGAACCAGCUGCAGUAGUAGAAGAACCAGCUGCAGUAGUAGAGGAACCAGCUGCAGUUGUUGAAAAACCAGCAGCAGUAGAACCAGCUGCAGCAGCAGAGGAGUCAGCCCCAGUAGUAGAGGAGCAAGCUCUAGUAGAGCUCCCAGCUCCAGCACCUGUAGAAGAACCUGCUGCAGCUGUAGUAUCUGUGCCAGAGCCAGAGGUUGUUCCUGUCAUCACAGAGGAAGCGCCCAUCCCAGAGACUGUUACUGAGCCAGAAGCUGCUGUGAAGGAAGCAGUGGUACCUGCUGCUGUCCCUGAGCCUGAACCAGUGGCCGAGGCUGCUGCAGUGCUAGAGCAAGCCCCAGAACCUGAGCCGGAGACCAAACCAGAGCCAGCACCAGAGCUGGAACAAUUACCAGAGCAGGUGGUCGAAGCUGUGAAAUCUGCAGCAAAGGAAAAAGUUGAAGAAGUUGAGCCAGAACCAAUGGUUGCCACAUCUGACACUACUGAACUUGGGACUGUAGAAGCAGAAGCACCUACAGUCUUGGAGACUGCACCAGAAGAGGAAUAUGUUGCAGCUGAGCCCGCAGCAGCAGAACCUGUCCCUGAGAUUGUCAUCUCAGAGUCCGUCUCUGCGGACCAACUUACUACUGAGUCCGAAGAGGUAGCUGAAGCCUCGGUGGAAGAGUUGCCUUGCCCAGAGCCUGAGGUAGAAAGCAAGAUGGAAAAUGGAGAUAUAGAGAGCCCUUCUGUUACAGAUGUUGUGGCAGAAGUAGAUGCCCUUCCAACUGUGAAUGGAGAGUGCACAAAUUAUGCGGCGACACCGACAGAGGAAUGUGUUAAUGGUAAUGAAAAGCCAGAGGAGACACAGAUCAAGGAGCAGAGUGACUUUGAACUGAAAAAGGAGGUGAAGCUGAGCGGGGAUGUCCAGGAAGUUUUCGACGCAGUGUCCGGCAUGGCAGAGGGUCUCUGCACUGAGGUCACCCAGGCAUUCUGAAAAAAAGGCCAUCUUUUAAAUCAAUGUGAAUUCAGUUUAAUCCUCCCGAGAAAGCCAUUAAGGUAUCAAAAACACAGCUAGGCUUUCUGGAUUGCUGUAACCACUGCAAUUUCAAUAGUGGUAACUCAGGCAAAAAGGAUGUUUUCUUUUGAGUAACCAAAAUGAAUGCAACAACUUGAGAACAGAAAGAGACAGAGAUAGAGAGAGAGCGGAAGAUAAAUUGGAGGGUAGACAGGAGAUUUGAGUUUGGAAUAGAAAUGAAGACAGUGUGAAACUGGACAGCAGAGCAAAAAUACUGGACAGUAAAUAUGAUACUAAUGAAUGGAAUGAAUAAAUUGUGUUUGUGUGUGAGCUCGAUUAAUAUUGCAAAGUGGUUUAUUGGAACAGCAUUCGUUAUUAGCAUAUUAUCUGAUCUGAUUUAGAAUGUCAUAUAUCCUUUCUAUUACUAUAUGCAGAGACAUGACAUAACUGUUUUGGCCUUUUAUAAUAAUGGUACCUGUGAGGACUGUUCACUUUAAAUUGAUUGUUCAGAAUAGAGAAUAAAAAGAGAUUGUUAUAGCCUA